CGCCGCCCGCUCCACGACCGCUCCGCACCUGUGGGCAUGUCGGCGCUGGCGGCGCUGGUGGUGCUGGCGCUGGUGGCGCUGGUCGUGGUGGCGGCGUGCCGCGUGCUGGGCCUGUGGACGUGGCUGGCCGCCUGGGUGGCCUCGCCCAGGGAGGAGAAGGUGGCGCUCACCCGCGUCGACGGCCACUACGACGCCAACGGCGUGCUCAGCAUUACGUCACCGAGUGUCGUCGCCUGGCAACAGCUGCGCGGUGUCGCCGUGGCGCAACAGAGAGACGGGCGAAGGCGAGCUGGCGGCGUCGAGGAGGCGGGGCGUCAUCUGGGGCGUCGAGAGUUCUCCUGGCGCGCCACUUGCCAGCCGGCCCGCCUCGCCCUGGCGCGCUUUUCGACGUCGCCAGCAAUUAACGCGCCUCCCGCCACCGGAGGAUUAAAACAGACGCUCUGCUCCCCCACAUCUGUAGACCCUGUGCUCUCUGAUUCAUUGUUCGUCAACUCCACUGCUUACGCAUCCUCCUUCCAUCCCACUCCUUCCUCGGGGGUGUGCAUCCGGAUGGUGCGCGCGGAGUCGGACACGAGCCUGGAGGUGGCGCUGCGGUUCGGGGGCGCGGCUGCGGCGGCGGCCGGCGUGUGCGACGUGCCGGCCGGGCUGCGGCGCGCCGCCUCCUGCGAGUCGGUCUGCUCGGACACGUCCGUCGUGCUGGGAGACCUCCAGGAGGCGCCCGUCGCAGGGUACCUCUGCGUCGGCCUCGAGAGCGACAGCAGUGGCGAGCUGGUGGUGACCGUGCUGGAGGCCAAGGAGCUGGCCGACAGCCCAGACUCCUACGUGCGGCUCUCGCUCUCGCCCGACAGGAACUGCGUCGUGCAGACCAGGGUGUACCGGCGCAGCAGCUGCCCGAGCUACAAGGAGAAGUUCGUGUUCUCGCUGGACCCGGCGGAGCUGUCGCGGCGCACGUUGUCGCUGCAGGUGUUCGCCACGGACAAGGAGGUGACGACGCUGUUGGGCGAGGCCGAGCUGCGCCUCUCCGACAUCAGCAUGCGGCAGCCGGUCACCACGUGGCUCACGCUCACCGACACCGGCCAGCACGGCACAGAAUGGGGUGAGGUGAUGUUCUCGCUGAGCUACCUGCCCACUGCUGAGAGACUCACUGUCGUCAUAGUGAAGGCGCGAAACCUGAGGUUCUCUACCGACCCUGUACCUGGCGACCCAUUUGUAAAGGUUUAUUUAUUGCAACAUGGGAAGAAAGUUCAUAAGAAGAAAACAACAACUAAACGUGGUGAACGUUGUCCUAUCUUUAACGAAGCAAUGAUUUUCAGUGUACCAGCUCAUGCUCUACAGACAAUACAGCUUCGGGUAACUGUUGCAGAAAAUACAGGAGAGCCACGAGCCCGUGCUGUGGGGCAUGUGAUUGUGGGUGCCCAAGCUACAGGGAAGGCACUCUCACAUUGGAGUCAAAUGUUAUCCUCUUUACGCAAGCCCAUUGCAAUGUGGCAUGUUCUACGCAAAUGACUAUUCACUGUUUAAACAAUGUAAAAUUAUUUUCUAACCAUUAUGUGUAAGUGAUUCGAUGGUACUAAUCUGGUGCUAUGCCUGCAACUUGCUAUGAUUCAGUGUCCUUCAUAUAGAGAUGACAUCAUUCUGUCAUGACUGUCAUACCAAGUUUCUUAAAAUCCUAGAUCCUUUCAUAACUACUAUCAUAACUACCUUUUAGUACAAAUUAUUGAGUGAGAUUUCAUAUGCACAUUUUUCUUUGAUCCUUUUUGUACAUAAUGAAAGACAAUUUUAUAAUAUACACUGUGACUCUUUCCUGUUAAUUUUGUUAUACAGUUAGAUCAGGAAGUAAGAAGGCAUAAUUUUUCAAAAAUAUCUUAAAUAUGUACCUGAAGAUAGAUAUUUCCAAAUGGUUUUUGUUUACCUGUGAGAAAUAAGUGGUGGAAGAAAGAAGCAGUACUUUCCUCAUAAGAAAACUCAUAUAUUUGGAUAUUAAAAUUUUUCAGUUAUUCCAUGUUCUACAGUGAUUCUGCAAAGCUGCCAACAACAAAAAAGAAAUAAACAAGAACUUUCUAAGUGAGAAUAUUAAACAGAUUCAUAGUUUAUAUUCAAGUCUUACAUAUCUAACAACAAUGAGUAAUCCCAGCUAUUGUAUAUCUAACAACGAGUAAUCCCAGCUAUUGUAUCACUGAAAUAGGGGUCUUCUGUUUUUUUCCAUGAAGCUAUUGAAAAGAUGUACAAGUAACUACAAAACAAUCACCAGAUUUAGAAAAAUUGAACAGAUUAAUGGACCAACUGAACAGAACAUUAACAUCACUUUAGAAUUCCUUCUGUCGAGUAAUAGCCAGAAUAUGUUUAUUGUAUAAUAUAAAACCUUGGAAUGUAGUCAAAUAAACUUAUGACUUAAGUGACUGUAAUUAUCUAACACUUAACAUCAUUCUGAAAAUUGAAUUGUUAUGGCAAUCAAUAUUAUAUAUGUCAUUGUUCACCGAUUAUAAUGUUGAGGUCUACAGAUGACCUUCAAAUUUCGUUGUAGAACAGAGUUUCCCACACAGCUAUACUUCUUAGUUGUUGGUUGUUGUAUAUUAUGUACAAGGAUCAUAAAAGUAUCAUCUCAUGACGUAACAAAAAACUGAUUUCAACAUUUGUUAGUCUUACCUUAAAACCAAUGUUUUGUUUUUCCCCCACCAUUUCUCUAUCCUUAGAAAUGAAGAUUUCUGCUGUGCCUGAAGAACUGCUUUUCUUUAAAUGUUGCAUGUGCAUGAAAAUCACUCAUUUUACAACAAAAAAUUAUGGUAAUUUUAUGUCUUAUUGCAUUCCUAUUAAAGUGGUAAAUAAGAGGUGUAUUUGUACAGAUUCUCAUCAUGGGGCAAAGACACAUUCCCCUCUUUGAUCUUGGAAGACACUGUAAUAUACUAUAAAAUCAACACAAGAAGAAAAAUAUUGAGUCUUCAUUGUAAUAACAAAAAUUAACAACUGUAGGAUAUCUAUAAAAACAGAAAGAAUUAUGUUACAGAUAGAUAAUGUUUUAGAACUUAAGAGCCUUUUCCAGAGCACAAAAAAUAAU